UUGAAUUCAUGUCAGUCAUGUCCACUCACAACAAAGUAAUCGUCACUGACUUUUCAAAGACCAAUUUCACUAUUGGAACUAGAGAAUCUCAGCUGGCAAUGAUCCAGACUACUCAUGUUCAGGCCUUGUUGAAACAGCAAUAUCCGCAGCUUACCUUUGAUAUUAAUGGCAUGACAACUACUGGCGAUCAAGUUCAGGACGUCGCUCUCUCGAAAAUCGGAACAAAGUCUCUCUUUACCAAAGAACUGGAGAUGGCUCUGGAUGACCACUCGGUAGACUUUGUCGUUCAUUCUCUCAAGGAUUUGCCCACCCAACUUCCGUCUGGAAUGAUGGUGGGUGCUAUCCUUGAGCGUGAGCAACCCAAUGAUGUUGUCAUCAUGAGUCUCAAGCAUUCUUUUACAGGACUGGCUCAGUUACCUGCUGGAAGUAUUAUUGGCACAAGUUCUGUGCGUCGAUCUGCUCAACUCAAACGUCGUUUUCCAAAUUUGGUCUUUCAAGAUAUCAGAGGCAAUCUGAACACCAGAUUAAAGAAACUUGACGAUCCAGCAUCGCCCUUUGCUGCCAUUCUUCUUGCAUAUGCUGGAAUUCAUCGUAUGGGAUGGACUGAUAGAAUCACCGAAAUCUUGCCCACAGUCACUAUUCUUCAUGCAGUCGGUCAAGGCGCAAUCGGAAUUGAAUGUCGAGAAAACGACACUUGUGUACGAUCACUCCUUGCUCCUCUCAAUCAUACACCAACCCGUAUCCGAUGCACUGCAGAACGAUCUUUUAUGCGUUCUCUUGAAGGUGGAUGCAGUGUUCCACUUGGUGUAUCUACCAGCAUCGAACCCAACGAUACUGGCAUAGAUGUACUAUGUCUUACUGGAUCAGUUACUUCUUUGGAUGGAAGCAUUGAACUCCGACAUGCCAUGUCAAUGGAUCUAGACUCGGAGGACAUUGAAGAAAAAGUAACGAUGGCUCAUAAACUUGGAACUGCGCUUGCAAAUGUAUUGAUUGAGCGUGGUGCUAAAGACGUUUUAGAUGCCAUUCGUCAUGCAUAGAUUGAUUUGACCGAAUCUGCAACAAAGUCGAAAUACAUUAAUAAACAGUCAGUUUCACG